AUGUUUCGUGUGGUCCUGGUGCUGUUAUGGCUUUGUUGUGAUACAAAAGCAAUCGAAAAUGUCACAUCGUAUGAUGGUUCUACGGAAACAUCGACAACUUAUUCAAAGUCGGAAGAAAACAACGUUUCAAUAACUUGCAAGCAGGUCACCUCGACUAAUACAAGCACAAUCAACAGAGAAAAGUGCACAUUUACCAAUGAUACGAAGCGCUCCCAGGUCGUGGACAAGACAACAUUACCGUCGCCUAUAGAUUAUGUUGGAUAUGUGGUAGUGCCCUUGUUUCUGGUGCUGGGGAUUUGUGGCAACACUGUGACAAUUAUAGUGAUGCAAAGUAAAAUGUUCCGUUAUAUGACGGUCAGUGUCAUUCUCACAGCUUUGUCGAUAUCGGACACGACGCUCAUUGUCCUGCUGCCAUUCAACAAGGCCUUUGUAAGGAAACUUCUUGGGUUGGAUGUGCGCGCUCUCUCAGAGUCGGGCUGUAAAGCUUUCUUUUGCUUCUUUCGUUCGGCAAAGAUGACGUCAUCUUGGUUUGUUGUGUUCAUCAGUUUGGAACGUUUCUUCGCGGUGUGGUUUCCGUUAAAGAUCAAAGUCAUAUCAACAAAGAAAAACGCAUACAUCGCCAUUGCCUGUGUCCAUAUCACAAUAUACUCGCUGAAUGGAGUUUGGACAUUCUCGUCAAUUUUGAAAAACGGGGUCUGUAUCCCGAACGUGUCAAUCCCAGGCAAAGAGAAACUGACAGAAGGAUUUUUAUUGGCAGGAACAACAAUCUACUCUAUAAUACCGACAUUUAUUCUCCUCGUCCUUACACCGUUGACGAUUCUGAAGUUAUACAGACAGCAGAAAACGAGAGAAAUCUUAGCCCAAUCUGUCCAUGCGAGGAACGACACUGCCAAGACAACGCUGAUGUUGUUGGGAGUAAGCAUAGCGUAUGUUUUCCUUGUUGGGCCCAUCACAAUUGCCCACUCCGUGGCAUUCUUCCGAGAAGAAAACAUAUUCGAAUCAAGAGACCCGGAAGUCGUCACCUUUAGAGAAGCGUCGCAAGUGAUGGAACAGCUUAAUUACGCAAUUAACUUCUUCCUGUACGUGAUCUGCAGUAAGAGUUUCCGCGACCGCUGUAAGUACGUAUUGAAGUAUUCCUGUACACGAUGUGGACGACACGAGACAAACGCUACAGGUCACAUGACCCCCGCUUACUUAACGAAUCCUAACGUCGGCCAACAUCCAUUGUCCCGAUCUUCACAAGGAACAAACCUCAGUAACACUUGA